AUGAAGAAAGUGCAGACCAAGACGUUCGUCAAGAAGCUGUCCUCUACCGAUCGUAAGAUCCGAGACCAUGCUUUCGAGACACUAAAACAGUAUCUUGGAGAGCGGUCGGACGUUCGACCGCUCAAACUCAACGAGUUCGAAAAGCUCUGGGAAGGAUUGUACUACACCAUGUGGUUCAGCGAUAGACCACGUCCGCAACAGAAGCUGGCCAACGACCUGGCCAACCUGUUUUCCGAAACCAUCACCAAACAGCAGUUCUGCUUGUUUGUGCAGGCGUUCUGGGCCGUGAUUUGUAAGGAAUGGCCGGAGAUUGAUCAGUGGAGAGUCGAUAAGUUCUACUUGCUGAUGAGAUAUGUGAUACGCGAGUGUUUUGUGCGGUUGCAGGAGAAUAGCUGGGAAGAGGAACUUGUUGAUCAGUACGUUCACGUUUUGGAGUCCCAGGUUCUAAGUGGAAAGACGUCUAUCCCUAACGGAGUGACAUACCAUGUGAUUGAUGUUUAUCUUGACGAGUUGGAACGGACCGUAGUUGGAGAGGACGAGGAGGAUGUGCAGGAGAAGUUUAAAGAUGUUCCGUUAGAGAAAUUGUUGCAACCAUUCAAAAAGCUGGAAACGGGAGCACUAAUGAAGACUCUACGUCUCAAGGUCAGAGACGACGUGAGUCGCGACGAAAGACUACAGAAAUGGGGCUACGUCGAGUCUGUUACCGAGAAACAGCCAGAGAACGACGACGAAGAGGAAGAAUGGACCGGAUUCGACUAA